GAGACGCACCUGAAGGCAGCACGAAGGAAGAGGAAAAGGCUGCAGCAACAAAAGCGACCGUGAAGCCUUCAACAGCUGGACGCUCCUGGCUAAGCUAACGGUGAUGAAUGUUUUCUCCUGUGUGCCUCGAUCCAGAAACAUGAUGGUUGUUCUUGAAGAGACACCGGACAAAAAACUGGGCCCCAAGCUUGCAGUUCCUUCAAGUUGACAGGACCUUCCUACAUCACCUUUGUCCGAUGGAAGCAAAGGGAUGCAGCCCGAGGUGGAAGAUGCAUCUCCCAGAGUUCAAACACAGCAGAAGAUGGCCGAGUCCGACUACCGAAGAAGAGGAAAGAGGCGAGACGGAGACAGAGAGGGAGCGAGGUGAACUAAACAAAGGUGUCUCUAUAGCUCCAACGUCCAGGUAUCUGACAGGCAGACAGUACGUAAGCAGAAAGCCUCUGUUCUCUGCAGAACAACACGCCUCCAUCUUAAAGAAGAGACAUCCACAGAAGCACACAGAGAAGGAGAAACAGUUGGGUGUUAGCAGAAGAGAAGACGACCAGCAACACGCUGACACAAAUAUCUUGUCCGGACCCAGAUCAGAGCUGACCCCAGAGAGCUUCAGCCUCUCUCACAGUGACGUCUCCAGAACAGACCCGGGUUCACCCCUGGGUGUCUCGGACCUCAGGGCCAGGUCGCACCACGGAGAACCCACUUUCCGAUCGCCUUACCCCGGCAGCAGAUCAGCUCAGCGGAGCCUCUCCAGCUCCGUCCUGGAGGUCCAGAGACUGAACCCUCCACGUAGGCCGCAGCUGACCUCCACUGUCCUGUAUCCUACCUACACGCCCAGAUCGGGGGGUUCCAGACCAGGCCAGACCCAGCUCAGGUUGGGGGGGAGGGAGAGUGAGACCAUGCUAUGCUCUUCUCGGGGAGAUAAUAAAGGACUUCCGAUGUCCCCGCAUCAGGCGAACUACUGGGCCUGUGCCAUCCCCAAAGCGUUGCCCCCAUCUCCAGACAGACGCUCUGCAGGCUGGGACCCAAACAGGGAGUACCAGGCCCUGCUGGACUACACCUACCCUCUGAGACCAGGACAGGUGGUCUGUGAGGGGGACGGCUCCAAGCUCCGGGGAGACUCCGCCCUCCAAACAGACCCCAACCUGCAGGACUCGGGGAUCGAACUGGACCACCUUUGUAGCUCCACCAGCCUGUCAGGGUUGGACUUUUCUCUGAGCCCGGGUCAAAGGUCACCUGACCCGCAGCGGUUCAACAAAUCCUCAGACGGUCCAGACCCCAUGGGUCUGUCCCUGGACAGUUUAGACUGCAGUAGGCACGGAGGUGGGAUGAGUCGGUUCGACGGUCACUCCUCCACCUCCACCUCCACUGCUUUCCCCUGCUCCACCAGCGUUCUUCUCCCGCGGUCCAGAUGUGUGUGCAGGGAAGUGGACGAAGAGUUCUGGGCUCUUCCGGAUCAGCUAGAGGAGCUGCAGCUGCUGUCCAGACGGGUGAGGGAGGUGACGACUCAGCUGAGCCGGCCUGUCACAACCAGCUGGGAGUCUCUAGAGCCGGGCACCGCUUCCAUCCUGUCCUCCAUCACCCUGCCUGAGAAACGGGGGGCUGAAGACGGGGAGGAGGAGGAGGAGGAGGAGGAAGAGGAAGAGGAGGAGGAGGAGGCUACAGUUAAAGAGCUGGCGGUUGGCAAUCAAGACACAGAUGAAGAAAAAGACGAGACGGACAGAGAGGAAAGGAGAGCUGCUCAGACGGCAGCUGAUCCCAGGGACUCUAAGACCGUAAGGAGGAGCUCUGGAGACUGGGUGGAGCCUGAAGGAGGGCCACUGAGUCCGUCCAGUCUCAAGGAGGUGGAGGUUUUGGCGGAGCAGCUAUGCAGCCUCAACCUGCCCGGUGGCCGGACGAGCAGCCGGGCAAACCAGGAGCGAAGUGGCUCCCUGAUGCAACACAUCCAGGUAUUCUGCUCACACCUGGAGCAGCUCAUCCAGCAGCUAUACACGGUGUCAGAGAAGAUGGAGCUGCUGGCUGCGCCAACGGCGGACAUAGACAGCGUGAAGUCGUCUCUGGCUGAGUAUCAGAGUGUUCAGAGAGAAGUGAGCAGCCAUCAGCCCCUGGCCUCCCGCGUCCUGCACACCGGAAGGCUUCUCCUCGGCUGCAUCAACAACACGUCUCCACUUUUAAGAGACACCCUUCUGUUGAUCGAGAGGAGGUGUGGAACUCUGGAGAGCCACACCGAACACUUCUUCUCCUCCAUCCUGUCCGCCAUGGACAGCCUCACCCGGCCCGGUCCGGUCCAGCAGAGCAGAGAGGAGGACCCGGGCCCUGUCGGGGUCCAGGGGUCCACUUUGUGAACACACUGCAGGACACAUCUGUUAUAUGGUUUAAUUUGACUUACUUCACUGUUGUCUUACGUUCUCCAAAAAUUCUGUUUUAUAACACAAGGCUAUCAUUUAUGUGUCUUUUUUUAAUGUAAGGUUCAUCUGUGUAAGUCGGGGAUGUAUGGCUUAACAUGAUGAGUGGAUAUUUGCUUGAUUCUGGCUCUACCAUUACAACCAGAAAUCAGGAGGAACACAGUUCAGUGUCUAGACUGAAGUGAUCUCAGUGAAUAAUGAUGCUUGACAAAUGUUCUAUCAUGCCUUUUUCUACUCCUGAUCACUGAUUCUGUCACUUAUAAUGUCUGUGUUUGAGGCGAAACACUUCAGCCCUGGUCAAUGUUUACCAUGUCCUCUUUCAGACUAGUGGAAAGAAAACAGCCCAAAUACACAUUUAGGUGUUUAUUUCACUACUUUGUCUAUUUGUUCUGAAGAUUUCUCCUAAAUGCACCAAAAGAUAUCAUUAGAUAAUGACUCAUUUGCAUAAUUAAACAUUACAUUUCACAAAACUUGUAAUACAAAAACUUAAUAGUCUUAAUGCAAGUAAUUAACUGGGGAAGUUUUAUGGUGAUAUCUAUUAGUUUUAUUAUUCCCCUUUUCACCUGUAGUGUCUUUAAAAUGUAUGUAAUUUGACUUAAAUAUGCACUUCAGUGGCACUUACAUACACCAAACAUUCCAGUUCAAUUCCUAUCUAUUUUGUGAAGGUUUUUUUACAGAGAUCUUUGUUCAAAAGAAUAUUUUAUUCCUAAAAAACGGCGAAAAUCUUUUUUUUUUUAUGGCUGUUAACAAUAUUGUCGGAUUUACGGAGUGAUAUAAACAGAUAUCCAAAAUUCCCUCUGUAAAAACCUUUGACUAAUAUGUCAACAAAGUAGAACAAGAAUUGUUUGUGUUUUUUACCCGGCUUUAUCCAAUGUUAAGAUAUCUGUUCUGGAAAUAAAAAUAACAUUUCAGAAAA